UCCCACACCUCCAACCUCCUGGAGCUCUCCUUCCCCGGAAGGCCGAGAUGAAAAGCCGGAAAAAGGAUCGGGAAAUUCCAAUGGGCACGCUGCGCUUGCGCAUGGGGGCCCGGAAGUCAAGGCACAGGCGGAGGUGACUCUGCUUCCGUUUUCUGUUUUUUGCUUUAGUGUUUGGGUUUUCUUUGCGGCUGCCCAACAUGAACCGAAUCUUCGGAAAAGCGAAACCCAAGGCUCCGCCGCCCAGCUUAACUGACUGCAUUGGCACGGUGGACAGCAGGGCAGAAUCCAUUGACAAGAAGAUUUCUCGACUCGAUGCAGAGCUCGUGAAGUAUAAGGAUCAGAUCAAGAAGAUGAGAGAGGGCCCUGCAAAGAAUAUGGUCAAGCAGAAAGCCUUGCGGGUUUUAAAGCAAAAGCGAAUGUAUGAGCAGCAGCGGGACAAUCUCUCCCAACAGUCAUUUAACAUGGAACAAGCCAAUUACACCAUCCAGUCAUUGAAGGACACCAAGACCACGGUUGAUGCUAUGAAACUGGGAGUAAAGGAAAUGAAGAAAGCAUAUAAGCAAGUGAAAAUUGACCAGAUUGAGGAUUUACAAGACCAGCUAGAGGAUAUGAUGGAAGAUGCGAAUGAAAUCCAAGAAGCCCUGAGUCGUAGUUAUGGCACCCCGGAGAUAGAUGAAGAUGACCUCGAAGCAGAAUUGGAUGCACUGGGCGAUGAGCUCCUGGCAGAUGAAGACAGUUCUUACUUGGAUGAAGCAGCAUCUGCACCUGCAAUUCCAGAAGGUGUUCCCACUGACACAAAGAACAAGGAUGGAGUCCUGGUGGAUGAAUUCGGAUUGCCACAGAUCCCUGCUUCAUAGACUUCCAUCAUUCAAGUACAUCGUGUAAAAUAAACACAUAUCUUGGGACUAGGAUUUUUAUCUUUGCAAAUUUACCAUAACAGAUUAAGGUUUCUUUCCUUCCUUUGAAGGAAAAGUUAGCUACAUUGUUCUUUUAUUUUUUUUUUUUGUUGUUAAGAGACUUCAUUGUUCCGGGGAUGCUUUCUUCAUACUAAAUUUUUAUUCCUUUUCUCUUAUGCAAGACUAACUUACUUAAAAGUAUCAGUGGGUAUAUAUGCUUUCACUCCUUAAUAAUAAUUUGAGAUAAACCCAACGAAGUGGGAAUCUUUAAAUUUUAUGGUAAUAUAACUCCACAAUUUCAAAUUGACCUGAUAAAUUGAUAAGGCAAAGAUGAGAUUACUGAGACUGUUCAUAUUAUGAUUGAAAACCAUUUUCUAUUGUGGUAUUAUAGGUUGGUUAAAGUGUUGGCAUUUUUUGAUGAGCUUUGCUGUGUCUUGUGAGUAAAUCAUUACUGUGUCCAAUAUUGGAAUGGAGUUAUCACUAUGUCGUGAGUGGACAUUUUGAUUCUAUGGUUCUCUCAGUAUUACAGCUUGACUUGUAAUCAAUAAUGAAUAUUUCUUGAUAUUUAAUGUAUAGGACAUUUAUUUAUACUCAAUAAAUAUUUUUCAAAAGGAUA